CUUGCGUGUCAUCAUCACUCAACACCCAUUUCACACCACAAAUUCAGCAACACAUCACUCGAAUUAAUUUCUUAAUCUUUUGCUUAAUUGGAUAAAGGAAUCAAGACUGCUCUGAUAGUCGUCUAAAACUGGAGUAGUUGGGAGUUUUAGAUACUGUUGCAAAUGGAGGGCAGCUUUUUUAGUUGCAAGUCUAUGCCAAUGUCCGAGAUAGCAUACAUGGAGAGGACAUAUUCAAGCCAGUUGUUGAGUUUCAGGCCAUUGGUUGAUGCUAAGUCCACCCCGCAGUUCUGUUUUAGCAGAGGUAUAUCUCCGAAGGCUUCUUAUUCAAGUACCCCGAACAACACAUAUGUGCCAAAGAAAGCUCUCAGUUCCGUUGAGCAAGAAAAACUUGGAGCAGGGAAUUUACUAUAUCAGAUUAAUGGAUCAAAUUCAAGUUUGUUCACCAGGAAUAUGAGAAUACUCUAUGCCUUUGAUGAUGAGUAUGGUGGAGUCAUUGUUGAUACAGAAAGAUUACCCGCUAAUCCAAAUGUCUUUGCAUCCAUGCUUCGUUUCUCACUUUCUCACUGGAAGGCGAAGGAAAAGAAGGGAAUUUGGCUGAAGUUGCCAGUGGAAAAGUCAGAUCUUGUUCCAGUUGCUGUCAAGGAAGGAUUUGAAUAUCAUCACGCAGAGAGAGGAUAUGUAAUGUUAACUUACUGGCUACCUGAAGGACCCAGCAUGCUUCCUGCUAAUGCUUCACAUCAAGUAGGGGUUGGAGGAUUUGUCAUCAAUGACAAAAAUGAGGUUCUUGUAGUACAAGAGAAAUACUGUGCUCCAGCAUUUGUUGAGCUUUGGAAAAUACCAACCGGUUUCAUUGUUGAGUCAGAGGAGAUUUUUACUGGAGCUGUAAGAGAAGUCAAGGAAGAAACUGGGAUUGACACUGAGUUUGUGGAAGUAGUAGCAUUCAGGCAUGUGCACAAUGUGGCCUUUGAAAAGUCAGAUUUGUUUUUCAUCUGCAUGCUAAAACCACUAUCAACUCAGAUUAUGGUUGAUGAUAAUGAAAUUGAAGCAGCCAAGUGGAUGCCUUUAGUUGAGUUUGUGGAGCAACCACUGAUUCAAGAAGAUUGCAUGUUCAAGAAAGUCAUUGACAUCUGCAUUGCCCGCCUGGGGAAGCGCUAUUGUGGAUUGUCUGUACAUCAAUUGGCUUCUAGAUUUGAUGAUAAAAAUUCUUCUCUGUACUAUAAUGUCGUUGACUCACAAGAGAUCAACUGUAUAGGCAACUGAAACAAUUCAAGAUCACUACACACUGCUCCUUUCCGCCCUUGUCAUUGCCUUGUGGAAAUCCGUUUCGUCUUUGCAUUCAAAACGGGGGUAAUAAUCCAUGGAGCCUGUCUCUAUAUUGAGAAGUACUACCAUUUUUGCGAAGAAGGCAGCUGAUACAUAACUUGUAAUUACAAAUAUAUUUCUAAAGUAAGUAUGCCUUUGAAUGUAAAAAUAUGGUUAGUUUAAAUUUAGAUGUGUGAUAAUCGCUCUUUCUCAUUUUUAUUUUCAUUCCUUAGAUGUUCAUGUCUCUUUUGCUUGAUAAAGCACAAACUUUUGGCAAUAUUUAGAAGUUAGAAGAUUCAGAAUUGAUCAAGUUGCUUUCCCCA